AUUAUCCCUGACUGCACUCCUCCAACCGACAAUAUUAAUUAUUCCCACAAUGUUCAGCCGUCGAUGAACUCCGUCCCAUAAGAUGCUCUCUCUGGCGUUUGGCUCCUCCAUCGUUCUUGCAUCUUCUUGCAACUGCAUCACCCGGUGCACUGCAAACGUUCCUUUUCCCGCAGAUUACAGCACCACAGCCUGCCCCCUGGACCCAGCACAAAAUGUCUGCCAACAACAGCUUUCCGCAAAAGGGACUUGUAGUUCCUGCUGAGGACGAGAAAGACGAUAACAUGCUGGGAAUGACACACGCGAUCUUAGAUGAUGUCUUCUACAAUAUAAUCCACGACAUAGUUCUCCAAACCCACCGCGAAGAGAAGAUAGCUCGAGCUGCGUCUGCAGCAAUAAUAAUCCAGCAAAGAGCCACACUUGCAGAUCCCAACAAUACCCACGACUCACCGAGUCCAGUCGGAGAAAGCACAAAAGCAGGGAAAGUCGAGACGGAGGCUGCAAUAUACGAAAACGGCACUAUUUACCUCAAAGGAAACCCUCUUGCCACUACCUCCGAAUUACGCUGCUCGAAAUGCGGACUUCCUCGACUUCUCCAUCCGACCGACGGCAAUGGGGCCAGAAAACCUGAGUCUGGAGUCGAAUAUUGCAAGAAACGCCCCUUUAUUGACAAACCACAUCAUGAUAUAUAUGGCCAAACAUUUCAACCUGAGGGUCCUGGCAGAGGCAAGAAGAAGAAAGACAUGGUCAAUCCUCUCAAACCGAAGGAAGACACGCCCGCCGGAAGUCAAGACUCUCCUGCGGCUUCACCACCUCCAGGGGAAGGUCCACAGAAACCUAUACCGUUCCCCCACGCCAAGUGUCAACAUUGUGGACAGUUCCUGCCCGUUAGACGUAUGAACGGGCAUAUGCUUAAGUGCAUUGGUGGUGGUGGAAGAAAUUCCUCACGCGAUGCUCUGAAGAAAAUCCAGAAUGGCAACGGAAACGGCAGCCAAAAUGGAUACGCAUCUGGCGGAAGUCGACACUCCACCCCAGCUCCUUCAUCUCAGCCCAACAACAAAAACCGCAGCAGUCCCAACAAGAGGGAUCCUGGCGAGGAUUUUGAUUCCGACUCGUCGCCGCAAAAGAAGCAAAAGAAGGUCAUCAAGAAGCCCCUUGUCAAGAAACUCAAGGCCCCAGGCAUGAUGAAGAGUGCAAGUCAGCAUUCAGCAAGUGGGUUGAGCUUUGAAUCGAAGCCUCCACCCAGUGAUGUCGAACCUGAAGAAGAUGAUGAUGAUUAUUGGGACCGAAAAGCUGCGUUAAAGAAUAAGAAGAAGAAUCCUAUUAUCAAGAAGGUAAUCAAGCCAGUGAAGAAGGAUGAGAAGAAUUGGGUUGGAAAGGUGAAGGCGGAUGCAAAGCCACCGCCCAUUCUACCACCGGACACCAUCAAGGUGAAGCUUGAGGUUAAUGGGAAGCCGGAGUCGAGGGAGGAAUCCGAGAGCAGUCAGACUUUGAGCUCGCCAUGAGUUUGUGCGUAUAGAUGAGUAGUGGUUUUGGUUGCUUGCAUGGUCAGAAAUAGGGAUUCGUGCAUGGGGCGGCGUUACACUUUUUGGCCUGGGCUUUGUACUGGCCUGGCGGUGGGACCUGGGCAUAGGGAUUGCGGCGUUUGAUAUAGGAUGCAUAUGAAUACAAAGAGCGUUUCCCCCCAGAGUUUGUUUUGCUGUAAUUGGGUGAACCUUGAAUGGCUUUCAUUGGGCAUAGCUGGUCUCUAGCAUAGCAAAAAGUUUGAAUAUUUGGCAGAUGUGAGUAUUCAGAAAAGAAUCAAUUAACUACGAUUAUA